ACCCCUGAUUUGUAUGGAUGAAAUGAUAACUCACCAACCACAGCAGCUCUCUUUAAACUCUGCUCGGCCAAUUGCGUCUCUCGGCUGUGGAAAACGCCCAGUUCCCAUCACGUUGUGUACAGAGGCGGAGACAAAGAGGAAACUGAGGCCAAUGGGAGUGAAGCUCAUGAAUAAUGUGACACCCAGAGACUCUGCAUUCACCAACCCAACCCUCUUCCUGCAUCAGCGAACGCAUCAAACCAAUGUGAAUCGCUGGCAUUUAAAGUAAAGCCGCCGCCCCCUUUCCCCCACUCUCUGAUGGUUUCCUUUUUUCUUUUUUUUUUUGGAUUGACUGCGACAGCUGCCAAUGAGUAGUUCAUCUUCGUAAAGUUAGGACAAAAACCGAAGGCAUGCCGCUGGCUCGCAGCCUCUCUGUCACGUCUCUGUCAGGACUUGAGGAGUGGGAUGAGGAGUUUGAUUUGGAGGACGCUGUGCUUUUUGAAAUUGCCUGGGAGGUCGCUAACAAAGUCGGAGGCAUCUACACCGUCAUCCAGACCAAAGCCCGCCUGACCUCAGAGGAAUGGGGGGAGAACUAUUUCCUGGUGGGUCCCUACGUGGAGAGCAACGUGCGCACACAAGUGGAGCUGAUCGAGCCCACCAACCCCGCGCUGAAGAGAACCAUUGACAAGAUGAACGCCAGUGGGUGUAAGGUCUACUUUGGCCGCUGGCUCAUUGAGGGCAGCCCUUAUGUCAUUCUGAUUGAUGUAGGGUUCACCGCCUGGUCCCUGGACACCUGGAAGAGUGAGCUGUGGGACCUCUGUGACAUUGGCGUGCCGUGGUUCGACCGCGAGGCCAACGAUGCCGUGCUGUUCGGCUUCCUGACGGUCUGGCUUCUGGGAGAGUACGCAGCUCAGUGUGAUGAGCCUCCACACAUCGUGGCCCAUUUCCACGAGUGGUUGGCAGGCCUGGGCCUGGUGUUGUGCAGACAGAGACAGCUUCCCGUCGCAACAAUCUUCACCACUCAUGCCACAUUGCUGGGACGAUACCUGUGUGCUGGAAAUGUGGACUUCUACAACAAACUUGCAGAGUUCAACGUGGAAAAAGAGGCAGGUGACAGACAGAUCUACCACCGCUACUGUUUGGAGCGGGCGGCUGCGCACUGUGCACACGUCUUCACCACUGUGUCACAGAUCACAGCCAUUGAGGCAGAGCACCUGCUCAAGAGGAAACCAGACAUUGUCACUCCCAACGGGCUCAACGUGAAGAAGUUCUCCGCCGUGCACGAGUUUCAAAACCUCCACGCUCAGAGCAAGAAUCGGAUCCAGGAGUUCGUCAGGGGACACUUCUACGGACACCUGGACUUUAACCUGGACAAGUGUUUGUUCCUCUUCAUCGCUGGAAGGUACGAGUUCUCCAACAAGGGCGCCGACAUCUUCUUGGAAGCUUUAGCCAGACUCAACUAUCUACUGAGAGUCAACCACAGUGAUGUGACCGUCAUUGCAUUCUUCAUCAUGCCAGCUCGGACAAACAACUUCAAUGUGGAGACGCUGAAGGGCCAAGCAGUUAGGAAACAACUCUGGGAUACUGCUCAGACUGUGAAGGAACGCUUCGGAAAGAAACUUUAUGAGUCACUUCUAGUUGGACAGCUGCCAGAUGUGUCAAAGAUGCUGGACAAAGAGGAUUUCACCAUAAUGAAGCGUGCCAUCUUUGCAACUCAGAGACAAUGCCAGCCUCCAGUCUGCACCCAUAACAUGCUGGAGGACAGCAGCGACCCCAUCCUUAAUUGCGUCCGCCGUAUCGGCCUUUUCAACAGCUCUUCUGACCGUGUCAAGAUUAUCUUCCAUCCAGAGUUCCUUUCAUCCACCUCUCCUCUACUUCCGAUGGAUUAUGAGGAGUUUGUAAGAGGCUGCCACCUCGGCGUCUUCCCCUCUUACUAUGAGCCCUGGGGCUACACACCAGCUGAGUGCACAGUCAUGGGAAUUCCAUCGAUCUCAACCAACCUGUCAGGCUUUGGUUGUUUCAUGGAAGAACACAUAGCAGACCCAUCGGCAUACGGUAUUUACAUCCUGGACCGGCGGUUUAGAGGGGUCGACGAGUCGUGUAACCAGCUCACUUCCUUCCUGUUUCAGUUCUGCAAGCAGAGCCGGCGCCAGCGGAUCAUCCAGAGGAACCGGACUGAGCGUCUGAGUGACCUCUUGGAUUGGAGAUACCUUGGCAGGUAUUAUAUAUCUGCACGUCAUAUGGCCCUGGCUAAAGCCUUCCCUGACACCUUUGUGUAUGACCUUCAGGAGCCCACAUCAACCUCGGGUUUCCGUUACCCGCGACCAGCCUCCGUGCCACCUUCUCCAGCUCUGUCCCGCCACUCUUCCCCGCACCACAGCGAGGCCGAGGACAACGAUGACGAGCGCUACGAUGAGGAUCUGGAGGCAGAGAAGGACCGGGUGAACAUCCGCCAGCCCUUUACUCUGCCAUUCAAAAACAAGUCUUCUGCUGUCCACGGGGCCAAUGGAAUCAGCGAGGGUGUCACAAGCGAGAAAAACUGAGACGCGCGGAUGCACACACAUACAGUACAUGCUAAAACCUCACUAGUGAAACCUGAUCUGUGGCAAUUGUCAAAAGUCCUCCAUGUGCUCAGAAACUUAAUAAAUGAGUGCAGUUGUGUGAAA